AUGGCCAUAUACAGCGCUGUCCCGCCGCCUCCUGAAUCGCCGCCUCCCAACCAGGCGACGGCCAACGACAUCUUCCCUGCCACUGCAACAUCCAACGCUGCCAUCGACAUCGAAGCCUGGACUAUCUCGGCGCUCCAAUCGCUCAGCGUCUCGCCCAUCGCUCGCGGCACCGGAUCUCCUCUGACGAUUCCCCUCGAUGCCCUCCAAGCGCCCUCCAAGCGCUCAAUCAGCCGCCAGCAGGUCACGAUAGUGACUUCUUCGGCAGAGGCGGCCCUUGUAACGCCUCUCCGUCGACCGCCCUCUGCGCGAGACAGCCAGAAGCGCAGGGAAGCCAUCCUCAAGGGCAAAGAAGGUAGCCGGCAGCGUCGGCGAUGGGAGAAUGAUCGCCUCGUGGACGUCCCCAACGUCCAGCCGCCCGAGCCCAUCGAUUGGGAAGUCCAUCCCACGCAUCCCAUCCACCGAGUCCCCUACCAGCUCGCCCAGUUCUGGGAUCACGGCGUCCGUCAGCGCAUCCAGGACAAGACGGCCAAGCUGCAGGCCGCUCGCAAGAAGCAGCAGCUCAAGGCCGGCAGCGCCACCGGCCUUGGGAUAGGGGAGGUGCCUCGCGACCUGCGAGAGUCAACCAAGCGCAGUCCGGUCAUUCGGACGUGGGUCAAGGCGCUCGAGGAGCCGGUGCGGCAGUACAUGGCCAACGAGCGGCAGAGGCGACGGGCCGAGGAGCAACGACGACAGGCUGGCAAUGGCCGCGAUGAGGACGUGGACAGCGCGGCGGAAGAGAUGGACUCUGAUGAUGAGGAGAUUGUGUUUGUGGGUCGGAAUGGCAGGAUGAGAGACAUGCAGCAGAAGAGGGCGGCUGCGGCUGCGGCGCAGUACAGGAUGGCGCACCGUGAGGUGUCACAAGAAACGGUUGAUUCUGGACUGCUCUUUGAUUCGUUUGGCGACGAUUUAGAGACUGCUGCUUUCAAGCGAUGGCUUGCGCAUGCCAUUGCAGAUUAUUACGGCCUCACGUCCAGAUCAGUUACCCUGGCCAACGCCCAAAGAGUCGUGUACGUUGGCCUAAAGCAAGCACCACGGUUGCAAAAGGCGGUUCCUCCUCUCGUACAGCUGCCACGGCCCCUGUGGGAGAUUUGCUGA